CGCCCUCAGCCACAAUGCCGCCCGCGCUCAUUUUCAUGAUUAUCUUGGUAGCUGGGUCAUGCGCCCUUAUCGCCAACCCAGAUUUCCUAAGAUGGAGGAACCAGCUGGGGCAACGACAGGUUGACCAACUGACAAGCCACCUCUACAAUGUGCACGGAAAUGACCUAAACAAUCAGCUGGAAAACGACCUCGUGAACCAACUGCCCAGCUUUCCGGAGAACCAAAUGGGAGACCUGAAAGACGUCCGUUUUCUCUUAUGGACCCGCUCGAACUCCGGCGACGGCGACCACUACCGCCUGUUUCCCGACGACGCCGAGUCCCUCUCCGGCUCGCCCUUCGUCGGUAGCCGCCCGACCUUCGUCCUCUACCACGGCUUCAACGACUUCGGCGAGUGCGGUUGGAUCCUGGACUCCAAGACAGAGCUGCUGAAACUGAGCGAUGCGAAUGUGAUUUCUGUGGACUGGCAAACGAUGGUUGUUCCACCGUGGUAUAAUUACGCCGUCGAAAAUGUGUACAGGGUGAGCAACUACACCGCUGGCCUGUUGGACUGGCUGCACGACAUGACGGGGCUCCAGGCCUCGCAGGUGCACAUCGUCGGGCACUCGCUCGGGGCGCACACGGCCGGCAUGACGGGGAAGCGCGUCGCAUCCGGGCAGGUGGCGCGAGUAACAGGCCUCGACCCGGCCGGCCCGCUCUUCUACAACAAGUCCUCCGACGCUCGCAUCGACAGGUCGGACGCUGCCUUCGUGGACAUCAUGCAUGCCAACAGCGGGCCCCUUAUCGAGGGAUGCAUAGCUCUCUUCGAAGCCGUCGGCCACACGGACUUCUACCCGAACGGCGGGAUGCACCAGCCGGGCUGCACGCUGGCGGAUCACGCUUCCUCCAACGGCAUCCGGAGCGACUGGCUUGAUCUCUUCGGCGGCUGCAGCCACGCGCGCGCCACGGCCUACUGGGUGGAGAGCCUGAGGGCCCGCAGCGCCGAGGAGAUGUUCCGAGCGUGGCCCUGCAGCGACUGGGACACCUUCUUCACCGGCGGCUGCCCCGACUGCGGCUCCGGCUGCCUGGACAUGGGCUUCCCGACAGCGCAAGGGCUCGAAGGAACAUAUUUCCUCCGAACGAACCCAACAUCACCAUAUGCUCUCGGAGAUGUCCAAUAACUUCUGACAGCGUGAAAUUAUAUGUAUGAUCACGAAGAACAGGAAUUCCAUUAAUAUUUCCUGUCUCUGUUAUCAAUGACGCAAGAUUCUUAUGCUUUAUCUCGUUUUGGGUGGAGAAAUAAACAUCUCAUGAUACA